AUGGACUUGGCAUCACCAUCGCCAUCAUCAAUCGCACUUUCUUCAUUGCAACCCCAUAACACCCUUUCAAAAGUUUCCAUCUUCCAACGUUUAACCCCUCCGACAACCUUAAUUCCAUCAUGGGCAUGUUCCACCAAACCCAGCACCACCCUCUCCCCGGUGUCCUCAAAGUUCCCGUCUUUCCUUCGUUGCUCCACAAAACCAGACACCAGCGCCAAUAGCGAGACGCAACACAACAAGCCAAACAAUGAACCCAAUUCAAUUUCCAACUCCCAAAAUGUAUCUCAAUCAGAGUCAGCAGCAAGUGAAGCCUUUUCUUCUUCACCACCUUUAGAAUCAUCACAUUCCUCUUCCUCAAGAGGGUUGGUGUUGGAUUUGGGUCCUUCAAACUCUUGGGACAGUGCAGAUGUUGGGUCUCCAGUGGUGAAGAGGUUUCUGAGUGAUGAAGAGGAGAGGUGGUACAUGUGGUAUCAUGGGAGGGCCAAAGGGCACCCUUCUUCUGAUUUGAUAGGGUUGGCGAUUUCAAAAAAUGGGGUUCACUGGGAGCGUGGGGGAGGGCCUGCUAGGUCAAGUUCUGAUGUGGGAUUUGUGAUGAGUUGUGGUAAGGAUUGGUGGGCUUUUGACACUGGUGGCAUUAGGCCUUCUGAGAUGGUUAUCAUGUCUAGUUCCAGGGUUAGGGCUUCCAGCGCUGUUUACUGGCUUUAUUAUACUGGCUAUGCUUCUGACAGGGUGGAGUUUUCUGAUCACGCUUUGGAGUUCAGUGUGGAAAACCCCGAUGGAAUCAAAAGUGAUAUGAGUUGUGAUAAUGGGAAGGUUUUGAAGUCCUUGCCUGGUUUGGCUAUUAGUCAGGAUGGGAGGCAUUGGGCUAGGAUUGAGGGAGAGCAUCACAGUGGAGCACUAAUUGAUGUUGGAUCUGGAAAAGAGUGGGAUUCUUUGUUUAUUUCUUCCCCACAAGUUGUUUACCAUGGGAAUGGUGACAUCAGGAUGUAUUAUCACUCAUUUGAUGUGGAAAAGGGGCAUUUUGGUAUCGGGAUAGCCAGGUCAAGGGAUGGAAUUAGGUGGGUGAAGUUGGGGAAAAUAAUGGGGGGAGGGAGAGGUGGCUCUUUUGAUGAGUUUGGAGCAAUGAACCCGUGUGUGACAAGGAACCGGAGUGGCGGGAACUAUGUGAUGGCAUAUGAAGGUGUUGCUGCUGAUGGGAGGAGGAGCAUUGGUAUGGCUGUGUCUCCUGAUGGAUUGAAGGAAUGGACGAGGCUUCAGGAUGAGGCAAUUUUAAGGCCUUCAGACCAAGGUUGCUGGGAUGAUAAGGAUGUUGGAUCCCCAUGUAUGGUUGAAAUGAAUACAGAAGGAAAUGAGUGGAGGUUGUAUUAUAGAGGUGUUGCCAAUGGAGGGAGAAUUGGAAUAGGAAUGGCUGUUUCAGAAGGGAAUGAUAUUGCAAGUUUUAGAAGAUGGACAGGUUUCCGUGUAUAA